UGUAUCCAGAAUCAACCACGGACUCUCCAGCUCGACUUUCCCUAAGACAGACAGGCUCUCCGGGCAUGAUUUACAGUAUUGUGGGUGUACCUCCACCAAAUAGAUUGCAGUGGUCCAAGAAUACAGCCCACCAUUACCUUCUCAAGGCGAUGCCCACAUCCCACAAGCGAUUUAAAAACACUCAAUCUUGGUUCACAUAUGAAGAGUCGUACUGAAUUGUGAAGGGGAGAAAAAUGUGGCAAAUGUGAUACAGAAAUCUUGGAAAAUCGGGACUGAGGGUCUCCUGCCUUGGCCUAGGAACAUGGGUUACCUUUGGAGGUCAGAUCACUGAUGAGAUGGCUGAACAGCUGAUGACUUUGGCCUAUGAAAAUGGAAUAAACCUCUUUGAUACAGCAGAAGUUUAUGCAGCUGGCAAGGCAGAAAUUGUCUUGGGAAGUAUCAUUAAGAAAAAAGGAUGGAGACGGUCCAGCCUUGUCAUUACUACUAAAAUCUUCUGGGGUGGAAAGGCAGAAACUGAGCGAGGGCUAUCCCGAAAACACAUUAUAGAAGGACUGAAGGCUUCUCUUGAGCGCUUGCAGUUGGAGUAUGUGGAUGUGGUGUUUGCAAACAGGCCGGACCCAAACACCCCUAUGGAAGAAACCGUGAGAGCAAUGACACAUGUAAUUAACCAAGGAAUGGCUAUGUACUGGGGCACCUCACGAUGGAGUGCGAUGGAGAUCAUGGAGGCUUACUCAGUGGCUCGACAAUUUAACCUCAUCCCCCCAAUAUGUGAACAAGCUGAAUAUCACCUCUUCCAGAGAGAGAAAGUUGAAGUGCAGCUUCCAGAGCUUUUCCAUAAGAUUGGUGUUGGUGCAAUGACAUGGUCCCCUUUGGCCUGUGGUAUUAUUUCUGGAAAAUAUGACGCAGGAGUUCCUCCUUACUCUAGAGCUUCCCUAAAGGGUUACCAGUGGUUGAAGGAUAAAAUUCUAACUGAGGAAGGCAGACGACAGCAAGGAAAACUAAAAGAACUGCAGGGUAUUGCAGAGCGACUGAGCUGCACUCUACCUCAGUUAGCAAUAGCCUGGUGUUUAAGGAAUGAGGGAGUUAGUUCUGUGCUAGUGGGAGCCUCUAACACUGAACAACUUCUGGAAAAUAUUGGAGCAAUACAGGUCCUUCCCAAGUUAUCCUCAUCAGUUGUGCAUGAGAUCGAUGGUAUCCUGGGAAACAAACCAUACAGCAAAAAGGACUAUCGAUCUUAAUGAGGGAGUCAAAUGGGCCUGGACUGUUAUCUUUCAAAAAUAAUCUUCUUUGCCUGCUCAAAUUGUAACUGAAGUUAAUACCAGUAUGCUUCUGACGAAGGAAUUAAACUUCAAGGUCCUCAUGCUGCAGAAACGGAUCAAACAAGAAAAUAUAUACCACAAACCAGUGCUGACAAGGCAUAGCUGGUUCAGUGGGCUGCCUGUUACCUUUGCUAAGUUUUUAAACUUUUUUUUUUCUUAAUGCAGAAAUAUCACUGGAUCACAACAGGUGUUGCAUUAAAAUUAACAUCUGAUUUGGCUGGUUUUCCCUGUGAUGAAAAACAUUAUUUUAAUGAGGAGCUGUUGCUGGAUACGGAAUCUUUUGAUAAUGAAUAUAAAGUAUGGUACACUGCUGGAGCCUGCAACUCAUAGAUUUGACCGUAAUCUAAUUGCUUGUUAGGAAACCUAAUCAAUUGAGGUUUUUCCCCAAAAAUAGUAUUGCGGGAUUCCAGAUCUGCACACUUGUGUAUAUGUUAUAUACAUGCAAUUUUAUAUAUAUAUAUAUAUAAAUAUACAUAUAUAUAAAUAUGGGCCACAAGUUCAGUGGCGACCUUUCAGAUGUCCACAACUGUUAAAGUGGCAGAGAUGCUGAUUUGAAAAAAAAACAUAAAAAUGUAACAAUAUAACAUAAUCUUGAGGCACUAUUGAGCAUUGUGCCCUGACAACCGGCUGUAUAUAUAUGACAGUAAGAGUUUGGUUUCACUUGCCAACAACAUGUAGGACUGUAGAUUUAAAAUGAGCAGUGACUCUUGACUGAUCUAUGCAUGAAUCUAUUAUAAUCAGGAUCCGUGUGUAUGUAUAUGCUGCUGAUCAUGUAAAUGCAAUGAAUCCAUGGGCUGUUUUGAAAAGAUCAUAUUACAAUAAAAAGAUUGAUAUUGGAUAGGUUGGGGUUUGGACAUUCAAAGAACUAUAGCAGGCUGGAGUCCUUUUUCCCUGGUGUUUUUGUUUUAUUCUUCCUUCUACCGUGUUACAUCCACCCUGUGUGGCACAGAGCAACGGUCAGAAGUGCUAACAUUUUUGCUGAAACAUUAAACCAAAGUCUCAUCUGCCUGUUCAAGUGGUUCAAACAUAUGUUAAAGAUCCAGUGGCACUAUUCGAAGAGGAGCAGGAAUUCCUUCUGGCAUCUUGACCAAUAUUCCUCCCUAACCAAGUAGGUGUGAAUAUACAUCAAUAAAACAUGUACAUUAGCUAGCUAUUUAAUUCUUUGUUGGAGCUCUUGUAAUCUGUAAAAAUGGCUGCCUCAUUUACUCAAAAAAUGUCGCUACUAUUUUCAAAAGAUGAGAGAUAUAUUAAAAAUUCAAUAAAUACAA